AUGUCAAAUGAUCGCAAUAUUAGCAUAACGAAGUAUCAUACUACUAUUGACGCGGUCUUUACAAGAAAUUUAAAUAGAUUCAAAUCAAAAUUAUUCAUUUCUUACUUCAGCUACCAUAAACCUAUUAUAUUAGAUUUAGAAAUUAGCGAUGGUAAUGCUGGCAAUGACGAUGGUGAAAGAGUUGCUGCAAUUACGGAUAAAAGUUGA